AAAUAUUUGUGCCCUGUAGAGGGAAUAUGAGAAAAAUGCCCUUUGGGGCACAGAUGACACUGCAUCUGCAUGCAUCCUUGCACGGGUUAGUGCACUGCCAGGGUCCUGUGGUGUCUGGGCAACUAGAUGGCCCUCCUUUUCCUCUGAUGAAAUUCUGGUAAGGAGGAAGGGAGCUGGCCUGACAAAAGACCCAGGUGGAAGUGCUGAGCCAUGAGCCGGCUGUUGGUGCCAUCUAGCUGCUCUUCCUGGCAUAGGCACUUGGCAGGAGCAGGCUGCAGACGGUGGAACUAAUGAGGCUUAAUUAAACAAAGCCUUCAGAAGUAAAUGCUGUGACAUGCUGGCAACAAGUUUCUUUAACCUGUCACAAAGCAAGCGUGCUGUUUACUUUAGGAGUAAGCUGCUUGGUGCUGUAUCUUCAAGAGAAUAAUUGCGCUCUUGUUUGAAAGUUGUUCUUGGGCAGUUCCUGCUCUAGCUGGGCUUAUGCAAAGCCUGGGUCACAGAAUCAAGUUAAUUAAAUCUCAGUGCAGCUGAGCUGACACUGUAUAGAUUGGCUGCUGCUUUCUUCAGAAGUGGUGUACGUGACAGGCAAAGGCAGAGGUCAUCAUGAUACACUACAGCAACUAUCAAACGUAAUGAGUGAAUUAAUGCUGAGCCGCCUGGUUGUUUUUUCAGUUUGAUUUGGAAAGCUUUCGCUGUUCUUUCCCACCUUGGCCAGUUUACCAGCAAGGCUUUUCUCAAAAGCAGGUCCCCAUUUAAGCAGCCCUUACAUUACUGGCUCUCGAGGAAACUUGCCUCCUGAAGGAUUUUUCUGACAUUUCUUGAUCAAAGGAGCCCUUUUGCUUACAGAGUGGCUUUAUUUACAAAGUGAUGGAUUCCAAGUGCUUCCAAGGCUAACCCGUGCCUUAGUAGGUCAGACAUGGUUCCUAAUACUGUGGUGUUUUUCUCCUCAACAUAAGAAGGGAGAGUCUUGCAGAGCCAUUUGCCUGUCAGUCUGGAGUGAGAGCUUUAUGGCGUAGGAAGAGGAGUAGUUUUAGGGGGGAUAGCCCUGCUCGUUCCUCCAGAGCUGCCCCCAGUUCUACAAUACCACAACGCUUGUGAUUGCUGCCUUUCGGUCCCAGCAGACUACCAGGCUGUGUCCCCACCUUUGGCACGACAGGCAAGGCAGCAGGCUGGGGCUGUCUGGCUCUACUCAGCCCUUGGGCGAGAAGGAAGAGCUGUUCCUGUGCUUUUGGAGGAAUGGUUGGUAAGGAUAGCAAGGAGACCUCUUGGGGGUGAAUGCUGUUUGCUGACAGGGCUGGGUACUGUGCUGGAAAGACAUCCUGAUUUUUCUGGUUAAUGUUUUCAGCUGUCAGUUGAUUGCUAAUGUGGAAUUAGCUAGGAAUUAACGUGGAAUUAGCUAGGCAUUAAAGAAAGAAUGGUGAACUUGAAAGAGAAGCUACCUUGUAUCACUUUACUGAAAGUACUCAUGUUUAUUAAGGAUAAAAAAACUUAUCAAAGCUGUGUUCAGCAUCCUCUUUGGUUCUACACAUAACCCCUACUGAAAGAAAGACUGUCUGAAAACUGUGUUGUCUGAUACUUUCAGAAAGAAAAAACUUUCAGAUUUGUACAAGCUUUUUUGUGUGUGUGGUUUUUUUCCUUUUUUUUUCUGUGGACUUGAAGGAACUUUGCAGUGGAAACUAAAUGCCAGUUUUGCAUCACUUGCAGCUGGGCAGCUCAGGCCAGGGGGGAGUAACUGCCUUAGGGUCAUAUAUCUGAGCCGUGGCUCAAUGCCUGUGCAGUGAAUUUAGGCAUCUCUUAUUCAGAGAUGAAGCACACUGAAUUUCUAUCCUGAUUUGCAUUGAAGACCCUCAAAUCCCACUUGAAUGUUUGUUAUUUUACCCCUUCAAUCCUAUCACCUAAUUCCCAAGCAACUUACCCUGUCAGCUGCGGACUCCCAAUGCCAUGUUCUUCUUGGCUCGCAGAGGACCAACCUGGUGAGUAGGGGACCUGGUGUGUGGGCAGAGAAGGAUCUCACCUGUGUGAAAUCCAGAGGCAAUUAGCAACAGAGGGAAGAGCAGACAGCAGAGCAGCCUGCUUUAUGAGCAGAGAAGGUCCGUCUGCAAGAGCAGAGAGAGCUCAGAUUCCCUCUUGCGUCUGGCAGCAGGUCCCAGCCUGGCCAGUGCAGAAGGGAUUGACUGGGAUUCUGUAGCAGGCAUCAGAUCAACAACGGAUGAAGAGCUGCUGAGAGAGGAGAGGGAGGAAGGCUUGCAGCAAAGCCUUCACAGCUCGCUCAAGUGCCGGAGGUGAGUGCCAGCUCUUUGUGAGCGACAGGCUGCAAAGAAAGAAAAGUGGGGUGGGAGGCAAGAGGGAGAAAAACAAACGCCACGCUGUCAGCUGGAGACUUGGAAAGGAGUGAGAGCUUCAAGCACUUUUCCUUGUGCUGGGUCAUCUGGCAGAGUGUGAGAGCUGGGAGGAUUGCAGUUGAUGCUUCCGAGAUGUCAGCGGAGCAGUAAAAAGGGGUUUUGGAUGCCGACAGGGACUCGAACAGCUGUGAAACCUCUCCAGGGACUGGAACAAAGGGGAACACAUGGAUGGUUUUUACUCCUCCGUGGAAGGAGAUGGGCAGGAUGUGAUCAAUGACACCAGUAGUAGGAAGAGCUGGGCAGAGGAAGGCAACUCCAAGUUGUCCUUCCGUGUGGUGACAGCAGCCUUACUCUUCCUUCUUAUCCUCACCACGCUCCUGGGUAACACCCUGGUGUGUGUGGCAGUGGUCAAGUUCAGACACUUGCGCUCUAAGGUCACCAAUUUCUUCGUUAUCUCCUUGGCAGUUUCUGAUCUCUUUGUGGCUGUACUGGUGAUGCCCUGGAAGGCUGCCACCGAGGUGGCCGGGUUCUGGCCCUUUGGGGCUUUCUGUGAUGUUUGGGUGGCUUUUGAUAUCAUGUGCUCCACAGCCUCUAUCCUCAAUUUGUGCAUCAUCAGCGUGGACCGUUACUGGGCCAUUUCCAACCCCUUCCGCUAUGAGAGGAAGAUGACGCAGCACGUGGCUUUCACCAUGAUCGGAGUGGCUUGGCUACUGUCCCUCUUGAUUUCCUUCAUCCCUGUGCAGCUGAAGUGGCACAAGGAUCGUGAGCUCCUUAGCCAACAGGAGCCAGGUUUUAACGUCACCGGGGAGGAGGAGAACUGUGAUGCCAGCCUCAAUAGGACUUACGCCAUCUCAUCUUCUCUCGUUAGCUUCUACAUCCCUGUUGCCAUCAUGAUUGUGACGUACACCCGCAUCUUCCGCAUUGCCCAGCGGCAGAUCCGCAGGAUUUCCUCCCUGGAGAGGGCGGUGGAACAUGCCCAAAACUGCCACAGCAGCGACUGCCCUCACGACGCCUCCCUGAAGAACUCCUUCAAGAAGGAGACUAAGGUCCUCAAGACCCUCUCUAUCAUCAUGGGCGUCUUUGUCUUUUGCUGGCUGCCCUUCUUCGUGCUCAACUGCAUGGUGCCCUUCUGUAAUCUCGACCUUCGUGAGCCAGGAGAGCUACCUUGUGUCAGCAAGACUGUCUUCAACAUCUUCGUCUGGUUCGGGUGGGCCAACUCUUCCCUCAAUCCUAUCAUCUAUGCCUUCAAUGCAGACUUUCGGAGAGCUUUUGCAACCAUCCUGGGCUGUGGCUGCCUUUGCCCCAGCAAUGCAGUGGAGACGGUGAACCUCAGCAAUGAGCUGGUCUCCUACCACAACGACACCACGUAUCAGAAGGAAGUGGUGACCCUCAGCUACCCCCAGCUUCUCCCUCAUGCUGCUUUGCAGACGGAAAACAACGAGGUGUCCUUUGACAAGGUUUCUCAGGUCUCUGAGCCCUCUCACAACACCUGCCCUGUGGAUGCCUUGCCUGCAGUCAUGCACGUGGAGUGUGAAACGGCUGUCUCGCUGGAGAAGAUUACACCUUUCACCAGCAAUGCAUUCGAUUGAGACAGGGUUGGGAAAAGGGUGGUGGGAUGGUCUUGAGGAGAGAUGGAAGCAGGGACACUAUUUCAGUUGCCUGUUUUCUGAGGAGUUUGAGGAUAACGUGGAUAUCGCAUACUCUGCCUGGGCAGGAGUUUGCAUUAAUAAGUGUGGAAUAGCCAGACUGAUUUUCCAGAUGGCUCAAGGGGUUUGGAUACGUGUUUUUGUAACUCACAGUUUCAGACCCAGCCCAAGUGGGCAGUAGAGAUCUCUGUUGCUGCUCUCUAGUUGACCCAUGGAAAAAUGCCUUCUGCAAAAGACGAAAAUGCAAGGGCUCAAAUUCCACUUUCCUUGUGACUUCAGCUGAGAAAGCAAAGACUUGUGUGGUCUGCUGAGCCUCUCCAUAGUCAGUGAAGUAAAAACGCAGCUGUGCUUGUGGGGAGAGAGGCUGGUUUUGCCACUGCCUGUGUCCAAAAGGCCAUCAGCCCAAGGCUGCUAAAUGGGCAUGAGCCAAAUGCAACUGCUUGCUUGGUGAUAACUGCUGCUGGCAGAACUAGAUAAUCCUGCCUUGUGCUCAGUGGGACAAUGCGUAGCAGGCUUUAGCUAGGGAAACCCAUGUUCUUAGUGGGCUGUGCAGGAAGGAGGUGAUGGCCUUGCUAGGGUAACUCUCUUUAGGCUCACCUCUGACUGUCUGUCUUGCUCAGGCAAAUUAUCCUGCAGGUCUGGACAGGUAUGCAGCCACCUCUCCUGGAGCCCCAAGGCUGUGCUUGGUAGCAGCUUGUCUGGAGCGUGUUGCGGGGAAGGAUUUAGCAUGCUAAAGGUGUGCUCUGGCCCCUGGAGCAAGAGCCAGCCUCUCUAAGCUGGGACAUGCACAGCUGAGGGCAGUCUAGGAUGAACAGAAACUGUGUUUUAGCCCCAGGAUGUUGGACCGUUUGCUUGGAGCCUUUGGGAAUGAGGGUGUCUGAGCCCUUCAGACUCUGAGCGUAGAGGAGAAAAUCAGAUGUUAAAGCAAGAACAUUGCUGUUUUGGUUUCUGCGCCUCCACCACAUCUUCCAUCAGUCAGGUCCUCCUCCUUUGCCUAGACUGUUUCUUCUCCCUUUUACUUUGUUCUCCCUCUAAUUCCCUUCCUCCCCCAUUUCAUUCAGGAUCCUUCCCCACUGCCUCCCUUGCUGUCUCAUUUCAAUAAUAAUGGCUUCUUAAGAAGCACUCCUUGCUCACCUGUACUCUUUAAUUAGCCUCUCCUGUGCGUAUGGGAGCUUGUGUCUGGUUAGCUGGGCGUAGAAACAGCAAGUGAACAGCCCCCAGCAUUUCACUGCCGGCUGUGACACGAGUGACUUUAGAAAGGUGUUUUGAUCGGUGCCUGGUUAAACACUGCAGCAGCAAGUGGCACAUCCACGUUGUCUUGAAUCUGAGACAUCUUUACCUCUGGCACAGCAGAAGAGCCUCUCCCCCUCCCCAGCAUAUGUUAACAAAGAGAAAAAUCAAAAAGUGAUAAUUACAGAGUAACGGUAAUUAUUAAAUAGAGCCCAAUUAUAGUCAAGUUACAGCAUAAUCAGCGUGGGAGGGGAGCAGAGCUUACCGUAUCUCCAAGGUCGAUGCUUGGAUUUUUCUAGGGAAGCACUGGUAAGACUCAACUUCAUGUAUAACUGUCUCUCCCUGUAGCAGUGGUGGCUAGCUGUCAAAACUGAGACAGUCUCGGGGCUUUUCAGCUCUGGGAGGACAGUACAGCCUAACUUAGAGAAGGAGUAGUUGUUCUGAGAUGGGCACAAUCAUCUGGUGUGUUUCUAGGAGGCCCAACGCAACUAAUUUUAUUUGAACGGUGCUGCAAUACAUAUAAUAAUUUCCCACGCUAAAAGCAGGGUGUUGUAGGAUGUGUAGUACGGUUGUGCUUUACUUUGGGACUCCUGGCUUGGUGGUGAGAGGGAGUCAGAAUAUCCAGCUUUUUUCAAAGCAGUACUGUCCUGGUCUCCCUGUUUUUGAAGAGUUUACUGAUACUCAAUCUUGUGGCAAAGUUCUGAGGCUUAAUCCAUGACUGUUUGUAAAGAGACUGGAGAAAAGCAAGCAGCUCAAUGUGUCACUGUUAUCUGUGAUGAGUUGCAGGGUCAACCUGCAAACAAAAGACAAUGGAGAGGGUGAUAUGAUCCUUUCUUUUUGUCUAGUUAUUAUCUGCACUCAACUUGUGUUGGGGAACACUGCAACAGUCCCCAGCUCCAAAGCACUGGGGCUCUCCUCUACCAGCAGUGCAGUGCACCAGCUCCCUCCGGCUGGACCUCGUACCUGUGGCUUGUGGCCAGGCCGGUCGCUGGACGGCUGGUACCUUCCUGGCAUCGGCAUCAGAAGAGACGAGGCGGUGACAACGAGCUAAACCAAAAAAUUCCAGGGUAUGGAACAGGCCUCUGCACAUUACAGACAUUUCUGUGGUCAGUCUGGGAAAUGGACAAACAGCUCCAAAAAAGUGUAACUCAGGCUUGCUUUGGCAAAACUGCACCUUGUUUAGCUGGCUUCAGAAUGGGUUUCAUUUUUUCCUGCUAUGGGUUUCCUGCACAGGUCUCCUCUGCAGUUCCACUGGGAUGCAUCCUCCUCCUCCCAUCCUAAAGUCGUACAGUGUACUGCUACAUCCCUGCCUGUAUUUCAGAGGUGAGUGAAAUGAAUUCCUACCUCGGGCUGAUCCUGGAGCAGCGACUAUGAGUCAGGACUCGUGCGUGCUGUUGCUAGCUCUGUUCCUGCCCUGUAAUCCCAGGUAAGCCAGUUCACUUUCUGGAGCUCUGGUUUUGCCAUGGGUGAACUGGGGGCAGCAGUGUUGGCCCACCCUGCAGACAGGUUGUGAAGAUGGGUGGUUUUUUGGGGCUGUCGGGGUGAGCGCUGCUGUCAGCACUGAGCAGUCUAGAUAAGAAUAAAAUGAGUAAAUAGGAGCUCAAAUCCAAUUUGGUGUGAGCUGGAUUGCGGAGUAAGGUAACAAACUGGCAUCUUUAAUGCUCUGAGUGUCCCUCUGCUGCUGUGGCAGCUGCUGUGGAGGUACCGGGGCCCCAACAUUAUCUCAUUAGGUGCCUGGUUACAUGAAGAGAGAGAUCAUUAACUAGGGAGAGGUAGCUGGGACCCAUCAGGCACAAGUCAAGUGUCCAAGGCCACUUGCUAACCCUGGAUACACAGGGACUAAGGGAAAAGGAGCAUUAAAUCUCAAUUUAAAUGGAAAUUGGAGGCUGCUGCUGAGAGAGAAGGAGCAGCAGCUGGCAGCCUGUCCUGAGAGCUCAGACAAGGGGCAGGGCUGAUGGGACUGGUGCUGCAACUUGGAGGUGAGCUGUUGGGGCUGGCCAGGACUCAGCUCCCAACCUGAGGAAGCGUGUGUUUGGGGAAGGAGGACCUGAACCGCACCCGGCUGGGGACAGGGGUGGCUGCCCUGGCACGGGGGCUCUGAGCUGCCCCUGGCCCAUGCUAUGGACAGGUCUAAGUGCCUCACCAGGCACUGCUGUGCUUUGCCCACUCUUGUAGCUCCCCCUCCAUUCCCCAGCCCUGCGCAGACAAAAAUCCCAUUUGUCUGAAGCUGCAGCAAGCGUGGUCCCAUCUUCCCAGGGGACUGUUGGUCUCAAGCUCUGGCCGUGGGCUCUAGGCUCCUUCGAGCUCUGCAGGGUUUUCCCUCUUUUCUUUUUUCCCUGUUUAGUUCCUGCUGUGAUGAUUGAACAGCCAGCACCCCAGAGAUAUUUAGUGCUGUUACAGUGAGACACAGCAGACUGCCCAAAAACGCUGCUGGAGAGUCUGCCGUGGAGAGAAAGGUCUGCGGUUCAUCUCUAAAUGCCAGCAGCAGCCUAAGGGGGGGCUUUGCUGCCAGCACUGCUGUGGUUUGCAGACGCAGGACAGUGGCACCACGUGCCCUGACUCUGGUUUGCAGUGGAGGUAGCUCCUGUUCUGGAAGGCUGUGCUGCUAGUCCUGCGUUCAGAGCUAGUCAUCUCGGCCUGGCUCUAAGGGAAAAAUGAGAGCAGGGCUUUCGUGUCUCAAACCUAGGCUGGAAAUUGUGCCUCCCUGCUUGUAUCCGUGUAGGUUAGAAAGGAUGCUGCAAGGCUGGGAAAAAGGCACUGUCUUAGUCUGUGCGAUCACGAAAUCAAUGCACAUUUUAUUAUGUCGGCCUGGGGCAGACAAGAAGACUCUGGGAAUUAACUGCGUGCGGGUGGUUGGUGCAGUUGCUGCAGCAGACAGAUGCGGAGUCGUGCCCACCGCUCCUUUCCCGGCUGGGUUGCAGGAGCGUAUCUGGGUGGACGGCGCGGGGCAGGGAACGGCUGUUGCCCUUGAAGAGGUUUUUUUUUUCAGGUUUAGGAGGAAUGGAUUUAGCAGAGAAGGGGGGAAAUAGUGCAGGGGAGGGGAAUGGGAUGGCUGGUGUAGGUUGCUGUCUUGCCUGACUUUGCUUCCAAAUUGGAAACAUCAGCUGCUCUUCUCAUCAGGCAGAGGCCAGGGUUGAUCUCCAAGGAAAGCAGCUCCAGACAGGGGUCAAGACUGAAUGAGGGUCUCCAGGUGCUUGGAGGAGUCUGGCAGAAGCUUUUGUGAAAUCACAGGCCUGGCUUUCUCAAUCUAUAUGGUAAUUUUGAGCAAUCAGUCAGCUAAGGGGGGAGAGGCAGGAGAGAUUAACCCUGCCGAGGAGGAUUUUGUAAGAACAAGGCCCGAAUCUCUCCCGGUGCCAGCGUGGGGAUGGCUCUGAUGUACCAGCCGUGCUGCCUUGGACUUGUCUGUGUGUCUCUCACAGUGCGUGGAGCAUGUAAAGGAGCCCAGACACAGUUCUCUUCUGCUCCUACAAGAGAAAUAAGGAGGGUAAUGAGUCACCUUUGAGCAUAUCGCUAACGAACUGUGUGGUUCCUUUUCAUUGACCUCGCUCCCAUGCUGAAUGGCAGCGACUUCUCAGCUGGGAGCAGCUCAGGGCCACAUAGUGACCAAACAGGGACGCUUUCACUGAGCUCUGGGAUGGAUUACACCCUGGGAAAGCAGUCAGUCGGUGUGAUGCUGUCCUUGUUUCUAUUCUGUGCAAUGUUUCCAAUUCUUGAGACCCUUACUCUUCCGGAAACUGUCAUCUGGGGCAAAUUGCUCCCCCCCCACAGGAUUUAUGCAUUAACUCAUCAAGGAGGGAAUGGGAAACUAGGAGAAUACUUAGAAAUGUUGAGCACCUGUAAGUCUCAUUGGCUUCACCUGGCACUCCUGAAACAGGCCCAAAACUCCCAUUAGUCAUCCCAAAACUCAGGUGCUCAGCAUCAGAGGCUACUUCUGACUGCUUUAGCUGCUUCGUGCCACAGUCUCCCUAAGGAAGACAAGACAGUGAAAAACUCUGGGACUUCUGGCUGGAGAAACCUGUGCAAUUAUGGAAAAGCAUUAGUAUUUCUUUCUGGGGAAAUUGCACUAAGGAUAACGAGCGAGUAAAGGAUGUCCCAGCUUCAAAGCUCUUCUAGGUGGUACCUGCUGCUGUGAGCUGCCACCUCUGUGGACUGGGGAUUUGGUGUUUCGGGGCCACACCACGGGUGGACAUACCCUGCCCCCCACAAACCAGGCCCUCACCCCCUC